AUGUUUCAUCAUGUAAGCUCAAAGAUAUUAACGCAUGACUUAAGGCCACUCACAAAUACGUUUUUUCAACAAAAGUUGAUAACUCAACUGGACGCCAAGAGCAGCCCGCUAGCCUUGCUGGCGCAGACGUGCAGCGCAAUCGGUGCGGACACCACAAACCCCAAACUGUUAGCUGCGAAUAUUGAAAAAUCAACCAAAUCAGCACUGAAAUCGGGAAACAUGGAUGGACGUGAUAAAUCAUCGCCGGUGAGCAGUCAAUCAUCCUCGGUAUCAACCGGUUCCGUUGAGCACAUCAAAUCCAGCUUUAAGCCGUACGAGUCGAAUAAUAAUCUAACCAAUAACAUAAACAACAACAAUCAUAUGCGUGAAAGACUUGAAGCGGAAACGGAGCGUGCGACCAAUUUGAGUACCGGCGGCGCGUCGGCGAACAGCUUAAAUCUCAUCGGCAAUGGCGGCCGAGUGCGUACACCAAAGAGUAAUGGCAGCGGUGGCAUUAUGCUAUUGAAUGGCCAACAGCAUGCAGCGCAACAACUGCAGCAACAACACCAACACCAGCAGCAACAACAACAACAACAACAACGUUGUGAUUCAAACCAAAGUGCCACCUCACAGCGUGAUUCACCAGCGACCGGCAUGAAUGGCCUGCGAAAGAGUUCCCCCAAUGGCUCCGCCGGCGCCGUUAUAGACUUACAACAGCGCAUUAGUAAUAGCAGUAGUCCCCAACAGCGUGCGUCGUCCAAAGAAUCGGCUACAUUAAGUCAUGCGACGAGCAGUACGCAGAUGAGUCCCAGUGCUGCAGCGGCGGCAGCGGCGGCUGCCAGUCAAUCGCGUCUACAAUCUGCUACAGACUCAGCAAUAGCAGCUGCCAAAGAGGCAAACUAUGUGAAGGCGUUACAUGCCGCUGCUGCAGCCGCAGGUGUGCCAACAACGAGCGCGGGCUCCCUAUCGGGCAGUUCCAGUUAUUACGCCGGCUACCCGGGCGCUAGUCCAUCCAGUGGCUUGCCCUAUCCCAUGGACGUUAUGACGGCGAGCGCGCUCAUGUCACAACACCAUCCGAUGUUCAAAGCCGCCGCUUUGCAUCCCUACUUGAAUUACGCGCGCCUGAAGGGCAUCGAUCCCGCCACCAUGAUGACACCCAACAUCUGUCGCGAUCCCUACUGUACUGGUUGUCCAUCAUCACCACAUUUUCUCAACAAAGCCGCCGGCCAACCAUGCCCGGCGGGUUGCCCCCAAUGUGAGGGCGGUGUCGGUAAAACGUCCGCGUUGGGCGGCGGGGGCUCGUCGGCAGCAGCUGCAGUCGCCGCUGCGGCAGCUUCAUCAUAUCAUGCGCAACUGGCUGCGCUAGCCGCCGCCUCACAAAUGCCGUACGUCUGUUCGUGGAUCAGCGCGGAUGCGGCGUAUUGUGGCAAGCGAUUUGGCACAUCCGAUGAGCUGUUCCAACAUUUGCGUACGCACACCGCAUCGCUGCCCGAUUCAGUGCUGAGCGCUGCCGCAGCAGGCGGUAUACCACCCACGCAUCCACUCUUUCAGCGCACCUACCCCACACCGCCGCUGAGUCCCUUGUCCGCCGCACGUUAUCAUCCCUAUGGUAAACCGUCCAUGCUACCGCCACCACUGGCCUCUGCGGCUGGCGCACUCGGCGGCUUACCCAUGCCGCCACAUCCGGCGCUAGCGCAAUACUUUGCGCCUUACUCUCUGUAUGGGCCGCCGCGCAUGGGCUCGUCGCAUCCAUAGUAGGAUGCGGUGGGCGGUAAAGCGCAUGAGGCCUACAGAGCGCAUUUCAAAUAAGCGGACUCGAUUUAUUUGGUGAAAGCAUAUACAAAUAAAAGAAUAUAUAUUUUUUAAUAUCUUCAGUCAAUUUCGACAUUGAAUGUCCUCCCUCUGAUGAUUCCUGUAUCCUGGCGAUAAAAUGAACUAAUUGUGAGUGUAAGAAACGCGAAUCAUAGAAUGCGUUAAGUGCUAGUGAUGUAAUAUAAUAUACGUUUGUAUGUAUGUAUCGCAUGCAAAUACUUGUACUGUUUGUAAUUAUAAUACUAUAAUUAAAUAAUAAUAAUUAAUAUACAAUAUAUAUAUGUAUAUGUAUGUAAUUAUAUAAAAGCAUUUCAGCUCUCUUGCUAAAUGCUAUAAUAAAUAUGAGAAAUAUGAGAGAAGAAUUAUUUAUUUUAUUAACUAAAUAAUUAAAAUGUUUAUCAAAAAAAAAAAAUAAAAAUAAUAAAAAAUGUAUGUAUGUAUAAUCCAAAUAUCACCCCGUACGCGAAUGUCGCGUUGUUGUAUAUUUAAAUGUGUAAAUCACAAAUGUAAUAAAAUUACAAAUAAAUAUACUUUAAGGUUCAAUUAAGUCGUCAUCAAAGAAAUAAUAAAAUCACGUCAAAUACAAAAAUCAUUUAACCGAGUAACAUUUUCUAACAGAUGCCAAUACGAAGGUGAGUUCAAGAUUUACAAGUAUCCUUGGUAGAAUCAUGUC